UCCUCCGCUGACAUCAGCCUGCACCGCCAUAUUGGAGAAGUUACCUCCGCCAGCUCGGCCGCAGCAGGCGGGGAAUGCCGGCUUCCACCGUCACUGCUUCGGCCGAAUCCCGCUCCCCAUGAUUCCCCGCGGCUGGCCGUUGACCCCGUGGGGAUAGGGCGGAGGCAGGAGCGGCUGCCGUCUCUUCUUUCUCCCUCCCGAUCUGUCGCCAAUUUCCUCUCCCCGUGGCGCGGGCCUUUGACCUUCCACCGCCUCCAGCCAUGACUUCCUUGACCCAGCGUAGCUCCGGGCUGGUGCAGCGCCGGACAGAGGCCUUUCGCAACGCCGCCGCCGCCAAGGAGCGGGAGGCGGGAGGCAGCUCUGAGGAUGAAGGCCGCAGGGACGAGCCCGGCGACGAUGAGAAGGGCGACUCCAAGGAAACACGCCUCACCCUCAUGGAAGAGGUGCUGCUCCUGGGUCUCAAGGACCGUGAGGGUUACACAUCAUUUUGGAAUGAUUGCAUCUCCUCGGGAUUGCGUGGCUGUAUGUUAAUUGAAUUGGCAUUGCGAGGGCGUCUUCAGUUAGAGGCUUGCGGAAUGAGGCGUAAAAGUCUAUUGACAAGAAAGGUAAUUUGCAAGUCAGAUGCUCCUACAGGGGAUGUUCUGCUUGAUGAAGCUCUGAAACACAUAAAAGAGACCCAACCUCCUGAAACAGUACAAAAUUGGAUUGAACUGCUGAGUGGUGAAACAUGGAAUCCAUUGAAGUUGCAUUAUCAAUUGCGUAAUGUCCGUGAACGGUUAGCGAAAAAUCUAGUGGAAAAAGGUGUACUGACCACAGAAAAACAAAACUUCCUUCUUUUUGACAUGACUACACACCCUCUCACCAACAACAAUAUCAAGCAGCGCCUCAUUAAGAAGGUUCAAGAAGCAGUUCUUGACAAAUGGGUAAACGACCCUCACCGCAUGGAGAAGCGCUUACUAGCACUUGUUUAUUUAGCCCAUGCCUCAGAUGUUCUGGAGAAUGCUUUUUCCCCCCUUCUGGAUGAGCAGUAUGAUUUAGCCACAAAGAGAGUGCGGCAGCUUCUAGAUUUAGACCCUGAGGUUGAAUGCAUGAAAGCCAACAUGAAUGAGGUUCUAUGGGCUGUUGUAGCAGCUUUCACAAAAUAACUGCAUUGAGACCAAAGUGUUCUCUCUUUUUUCAUGUAAACCAGUUGUUUCUCUUUUUUUGGCUAUUCAUGCUUUCUGUAAUUUGUACCUUCUCACAUGAUGAACCAACUCUUGUUUAAUAGAAAUUAUGUGGUGAAUUCCCUCCUUCUCUAUCUGUAUACAGGAUUCUGCUGGUACAAGAGACCAUCCCAUUUAAAAACAACUAAAAAAAUUUUACUGGCAUAUUGGCAUUCUAAUUCCUAUUCAGUUUUGAGUUAUCUGAAAUACUUUGUUUAGUCUAUUUUUCAUCUUACUGUUACUGAAGUGGUUUAACAUGGAAAAUACCUCAAGAAGGAAAUGUGCAUACAGUUGGAUCACUAGUCUCAGCUGACACAGAUGUGUGCAUGCAUCAGUGCUUCUGCUGUACAACUCCUAACAGAUUGAAGAAGGGCCUUUUAAAAUCACCAAAGCUUCAUGUUGAAGUAUCUGUCAGGACAUUUUAUAUACAGAUGUUUUUUCAAUUAUAUCUAACAAAAUUACUUAAAAAGCAAAAAUGCCAUUAAGCAGCUUUUUCAAUAGUUCCUGUGAAAUGCCCCAUAAAUUUUACUUUUCAUUAAAGUCUCUUGCAUACUUAUGUUUACAUUAAAAUGAUAUCUGAGUCAUAAAGCUGGACUUGAAAGGUCCAGUUUUUACAUAAGCCCAUUUUGGGAUGGGAUGCAUUCCAUUAUAUUGUAUAUAUAGUUCAAAUUGUAAAUUAAAUACUGCACCAUCUUAGUAUUUUGCAAGUUUUACACCUGGUGCCCCUGAUUUGCCAUCAGCAAAACUCUCAAUCUAUUUUACACUUUAAAACAAAUAGUUAGUUCUAGUAGGUGUUGCAUUUAAAUGGUUAGCAAGUAAUGACUGCAGUUCAGAUUAUUACAAUUUCUGUAAUGGGAUGCUGUGCUAUCUGUUAUUUUUUUUCAUAUAAAAUUAUACUAAUUAGCACACUACUGUAAAAUUAUAAGACUCUGUCUUUAUAAAAUGAAUUGUCUUUUUGCCACUGCUUGUUAUCUCCCAUUUGUUUCACAGUGCAAAUAUGCAUUGAAAAAAAUAUGCAUCAAUCUAUGUAUUUUUUUCCUCAUAACAAUGAGGAUUUAUGGUGGGGCUUACAGGUGUCUAGAAACUUUUUUUGUUUAAUAUUCAGAGUAAGAAUACUAGAUGGUGUAUAACUUGAGAGUUGAAAUUUAGGAGAUCCCUUAGUCUGUAUACUAGCUUUUUACCUACAGCAAAUAAACUAUGAUCUUAAAAGUGCCUAAAACAGAGCAAGCAUGUAAUUUUUUUGUUGUUGCGAAUUAGAAAGGUUUUAUUGCUUAACUGAAAGCUUUCAUUAAUAUUCCUCUUAGAAAGAGAGAGUUUAUAUUAAGUAGAUCAAACUGACCCAAGCAGCAGUGUCACUCAGAUCUGCAGGAUUCAUGGCUGGGUCAGACUGAGUUAACUUGUGAGUGUUCAGUUGUGUCUGCCAUAGGUAGGCCUCUUCUAUCUUGAACAUUACUCUACAGCCUCAUCUGUGACUGGACUUCCAAUUUUGCAUUUAAUUUUAAAUAAUUUAAAUGCUUAGGUAGUUGACUUGAAAAUGUAACUUAAGUUCAUCAUAGCUAUAGAACCUCUUUAAAAUAAAAAUUUUAAAAAUAUAGUCCUUAACUUUUAGUGGCACAUUGUUCUUUCAGUUCUUGAAUUGUGUUUCUUUAUAAAAAUUAAAGUAUAAUGUAAGGUAUUUCAAACUUUGGUUUACAAAUAAAAAGAUAAACAGUGUUCUCCUAACUGUAAGAUGCUAUGUUUAAAACUUUGAGGAGCAUGGGCAUGAACUUUGGACAUUUUCUUUCAAACAUUUUCAAAAUGUGAUUGUUUUAAGUGAAUGAAAAAUGAAAGUUCUGUGUUACUCUUGUGAAAAAUGAGGUUCACUCACCUGGCAAAAUUUAAAAGUUUAAUAAAGGACAAUAGGAUUCAAAAAUAAAGCAAAGUUUAAUGACCGGGUGCUUGGCAUUCCACCAAGAGCACACCUGCUAUUUCGGAGAUACCCUUUACAUACCUUUUCUAUUGCAUCAGCCUACUGUAUAUUCAUAAAUAAAUAUGCAUAUUUAAACUUUU